UUUCAGCCCUGCUUCUGAUGACGUUUUUUCACAUUGUAUUUUAUUUUUGUGAAACUUAAUAAAGUGAAAGAUUUGCAAUAUGCAAAUGCGUAGGACACACAAAUAACACGCCGACGACGACCGCCGAGAGUUGACAUCGGUGCUUAAGAGCAGCGAGCAGAGCAGAGACAGCGAGAGAGAUAAGAAAGUUGCAGUUGCGCUGGCCCCCCCAAAAAAAAUCUGUGACUACUUUUUCCAAACUGUUUCAAAAUUGGAACGACCUUGGGAGUAGCAGUUGACCACCACACACUAUGCAAAGUUCCUCCACGAAAACCAAGGAAAUGUUUAUUGUGCGUGCUCUAGAGAAAAUCCUUGCUGACAAGGACAUCAGGCGUUCCCACCAUUCGCAGUUAAAAAAGUCCUGCGACUCGGCUUUGGAGCAAAUCAAGGCGGAACUCAUAUCAGCUGGCCAAAUAGCCGAGGGCAAUGAGUUACCCUGUGCAGCCUUACCGCUGCCCAAAAACGAUGCUGGCAGCAUUAUUAACGCUGAAACCUAUUUCCUGCCCUUUGAACUGGCCUGCAAGAGUCGAUCGCCCAGGAUUGUGGUCACUGCACUGGAUUGCUUACAGAAAUUAAUUGCCUAUGGCCAUUUGACGGGCUCCAUACAGGACUCGUCGAAUCCAGGCCAUUUGCUAAUCGAUCGCAUUGUUAUAACCAUUUAUGGUUGCUUCAAUGGUCCCCAAACGGAUGAGGGUGUCCAAUUGCAGAUUAUUAAAGCUCUGCUCACAGUGGUCACCUCUCAGCAUGUUGAGAUACACGAGUUCACUCUACUACAAGCUGUGCGCACCUGCUAUGACAUCUACUUGUCAAGCAAGAAUCUGGUUAAUCAGACCACAGCCAGGGCCACUCUCACCCAAAUGUUGAAUGUCAUCUUUGCCCGCAUGGAGAAUCAAGUGUAUGAAUUACCACCAACGACGCCGACGCCAGUGACAUCUUCAUUAAACGGCAGCAUAAAUUCUGCAGAGGAAUCCAAUGGCGAGGAUGCAUCCAAAGAAGCACUAGCGGGAGAUAGCGACGAGGUCAUAGCCUCUGAGUUGCUGGCUGAGAUUAUAACAGCCGCUUAUAAUGAGGCCUUCAAGGAUGAGAGCGGCCAAGAAAAUGGUGGAACUGAUGUGGAAGCAAAUCCUUCGUCGUUACCUGCAGUCAAUGGACAUGACUCAUCAUCACAUUCCGAUCACGAUAGUGUGGAGCUUCACAGUGAAAGCGAUGCCGUUGUUACAGCCAAAUUCACGCAUAUCCUGCAAAAGGAUGCCUUUUUGGUAUUUCGUGCACUAUGUAAACUAUCAAUGAAACCUUUGCCAGAUGGUCAUCCGGAUCCCAAGUCACAUGAAUUGCGUUCAAAGGUUUUAUCACUUCAUUUACUGCUGCUGAUCCUACAGAAUGCUGGCCCAGUUUUUCGUUCGAACGAAAUGUUUAUAAUGGCCAUCAAGCAAUAUCUAUGCGUGGCCCUUUCAAAUAAUGGAGUCAGUUUGGUGCCGGAAGUAUUUGAGUUAUCGCUUUCAAUAUUUGUGGCUUUGCUAUCGAAUUUCAAGGUCCAUUUAAAGCGACAAAUCGAGGUAUUCUUUAAGGAGAUUUUCCUCAAUAUUCUGGAAGCCAGCUCAAGUAGUUUCGAGCACAAAUGGAUGGUUAUACAGGCCUUGACAAGGAUUUGUGCCGAUGCCCAGUCUGUGGUGGAUAUUUAUGUUAACUACGAUUGUGAUUUCUCGGCAGCCAAUCUGUUUGAGAGACUGGUGAACGAUUUAUCGAAAAUAGCACAGGGCAGACAAGCCCUAGAGCUGGGAGCCAAUCCGCUGCAAGAGAAAUCUAUGCGAAUUAGAGGCCUUGAAUGUUUGGUAUCCAUAUUAAAAUGUAUGGUCGAAUGGAGUAAGGAUCUAUAUGUGAAUCCCAAUAUGCCGGCGCCGUUACAAGUGGUGUCGCCGACAGAUGAUCAAGUGGACACUAUUCCGGCAACUGCCAUGACCGUGUACAGUGGAUCGAGUCAUAGCCUAAAUUCGUAUCAGGAGCAACUGCAGGAUCUUCCCGAAGCUCUAGAGGAGCGAAAAAUGCGCAAAGAAGUCAUGGAAACGGGCAUUGUGUUGUUCAAUAAGAAACCCCAAAAGGGUGUACAAUUUUUGCAGGAGAAACAAUUGCUGGGCGGCACUCCGCAGGACAUUGCCAAAUGGUUGCACGAGGACGAACGUCUCGAUAAGACGGUGAUUGGCAAUUAUUUGGGCGAGAAUGAUGAUCAUUCCAAGGAGGUGAUGUGUGCCUAUAUCGAUGCAUUCAAUUUCCGUCAACUGGAAGUGGUGGCAGCUCUGCGAAUCCUACUCGAGGAGUUUCGUCUGCCAGGCGAAGCACAGAAGAUCGAUCGUUUAAUGGAGAAAUUUGCCAGUCGUUACUGCGAAUGCAAUCCACAGAAUCCAAUCUUCCAGAGUGCCGAUACCGUCUAUGUGUUGGCCUUUAGCAUUAUUAUGUUGACUACGGAUCUGCAUUCACCCCAGGUUAAGCAUAAGAUGACCAAAGAGCAAUAUAUUAAAAUGAAUCGUGGCAUUAGCGAUAGUAAAUCAGAUCUGCCCGAAGAGUAUCUAUCCUCUAUAUACGAUGAGAUUGCCGAGCAUGAGAUUAAAAUGAAAAACAAUUCAGCUGUCCUGGUGGCCAAGCCGACGGGCAAGCAACCCUUCAUUACGGAAAAGAGACGUAAAUUGCUAUGGAACAUGGAAAUGGAGGCCAUAUCCUCAACGGCCACCAAUCUGAUGCAAUCGGUAUCGCAUGUCAAGUCACCAUUUACAUCGGCCAAACAUUUGGAGCAUGUGCGUCCGAUGUUCAAAAUGGCAUGGACCCCGUUUUUGGCUGCUUUUUCGGUGGGCCUGCAGGAUUGCGAUGAUCCAGAGAUAGCAACCUUGUGCCUGGAUGGUAUAAGGUGUGCCAUAAGGAUAGCAUGUAUUUUCCACAUGUCCCUCGAACGGGACGCCUAUGUUCAGGCCUUGGCGAGAUUCACCCUACUUAAUGCCAAUUCACCAAUCAAUGAGAUGAAGGCUAAAAAUAUUGAUACGAUUAAAACUCUGAUAAUGGUGGCUCAUACAGAUGGCAAUUACUUGGGCCCCAGUUGGUUGGAUAUCGUCAAAUGCAUCAGUCAAUUGGAAUUGGCCCAAUUGAUUGGGACAGGAGUGCGGCCACAGUUUUUAUCGGGUGCCCAGACCACAUUAAAGGAUUCCCUUAAUCCCAGUGUCAAGGAGCACAUAGGCGAGACAAGUAGUCAAAGUGUUGUAGUGGCCGUGGAUCGCAUCUUUACGGGAUCUAUGCGUCUGGAUGGUGAUGCCAUAGUCGAUUUCGUGAAAGCUCUCUGUCAGGUAUCGGUGGAUGAGCUGCAGCAACCACAGCCGCGCAUGUUUUCGCUACAAAAGAUUGUGGAAAUCAGUUACUAUAAUAUGGAACGUAUACGUUUGCAAUGGUCCCGGAUCUGGCAAGUGCUUGGCGAACAUUUUAAUACCGUUGGCUGUAAUAGCAAUGAGGAAAUCUCAUUCUUUGCCCUGGACUCAUUGCGUCAGCUGUCCAUGAAGUUUAUGGAGAAGGGAGAAUUUAGUAAUUUCCGUUUUCAAAAGGAUUUCCUGCGACCCUUCGAGCAUAUUAUGAAAAAGAAUGCCUCACCCGCCAUCAGGGAUAUGGUGGUUCGCUGCAUAGCUCAGAUGGUGAAUUCCCAGGCUCACAAUAUACGAUCGGGUUGGAAAAAUAUCUUUAGUAUUUUCCAUUUGGCCGCUGGCGAUCAUGAAGAGCCAAUUGUAGAAUUGGCAUUCCAGACGACGGGCAAAAUCAUUGGAGAUCUUUAUCAGCGUCAAUUCGCCAUUAUGGUGGACUCAUUCCAGGAUGCUGUCAAGUGUCUGUCCGAGUUUGCGACUGCUCGUUUUCCGGAUACUAGCAUGGAGGCCAUACGCUUGGUUCGAACAUGUGCCCAGUGCGUUAACGAGGCUCCCCACCUAUUUGCCGAGCAUGCUGGCAUGGAGAAUGAUGCAUCGGUGGCGGAAGAAGAUCGGGUGUGGGUGCGUGGCUGGUUCCCCAUGCUCUUCUCGCUCUCUUGUGUGGUCAAUCGCUGUAAAUUGGAUGUUCGCACACGUGCACUGACCGUGCUCUUUGAGAUUGUAAAGACCUAUGGUGAUAGCUUCAAGCCCAAUUGGUGGAAGGAUCUUUUUAAUGUCAUUUUCCGUAUAUUCGAUAAUAUGAAAUUGCCUGAACAUGUCACCGAGAAGUCCGAAUGGAUGACCACCACCUGCAAUCAUGCUCUGUAUGCCAUCAUCGAUGUAUUUACGCAAUAUUUUGAUGUUCUUGGUCAUCUGCUGCUCGAGGAACUCUUUGCCCAGUUGCUUUGGUGUGUUCAGCAGAAUAACGAACAAUUGGCACGUUCGGGCACAAAUUGUCUGGAGAAUCUGGUCAUUUCCAAUGGCUUUAAAUUCAAUGAAGUCACUUGGGAUAAGACAUGUCAAUGUAUUUUGGAUAUUUUUAAUGCGACCCUUCCCCAAGAUUUGCUGAAUUGGCGACCCAAGGUCGCUGCACAUUCCAAUGGACCGACACAGCAGCAGGAGCACAAUCUUUUCGAGGCAUUGCACAUACGAUGCGUGGUCCAGUUGGAACUCAUACAGACCAUGGAUAACAUUGUCUUCUUCCCGGCCACAUCGCGUAAAGAAGAUGCCGAAACAUUGGCCCAGGCAGCUGCCGAUCUGACAGGCAGUCGUGGUGGCUCUCAAUCUCAACUACUGGACUGUCAGCGAGAGGAACAGGGAAUGUAUGGAUAUUUGCGUACCCGCCAGCUUCUAAACCUGGCCGAUUGUCUAAUGCAAUCGCAUCGGUUCGCCAAACACUUCAAUUGCGAUCACGAUCAGAGGAGCCUGCUAUGGCGUGCUGGAUUCAAGGGUUCCGUUAAACCGAAUUUGCUGAAACAGGAGACCGCUUCCUUGGCCUGUGUCCUGCGCAUUUUCUUCAAAAUGUACGGCGAUGAGAAUCGCCGCAGCGAUUGGCCAGGCAUUGAGCAGGAGUUGGUACAAGUGUGUCAGGAGGCAUUGGCCUACUAUCUAAGUCUACAGAGUGAGGCGCAUCGAGAUGCCUGGACAUCGAUAUUGUUGCUCAUAUUAACGCGUCUGCUCAAAAUGUCCGAUGCGAGGUUUGCCACUCAUGUGUCCAACUAUUAUGGCCUGCUUUGCGAUAUGAUGUGCUUCGACCUUAAGCCCGAAUUGAGAAGUGUCCUUAGGCGUGUCUUCAUGCGCAUCGGUCCAGUAUUCAAUAUAUUGAGUGUGAAAUAGUCAAAGAAGAAGAGCCUCCUUUAUCUGUCUAGUUAAUUGUUAAUACCUCGGACCCCCAUGCCCCCGACCCCGAACCCUCAUCCUUAACAUUUCCAACAUUUAUCCCAUGUUCUUUUCACUCGGUUCUUCUCGGCUUUGUUGUUUUGUUGGCCUUUGAUACAUACAUAUAAAUACCAUACAUACAAAU